AUGCGCAGCUGGGGCUUGAACCUCAGCCCCUCCCAAUUCCCCAGGGCACAGCUUUGGUGUGGAGUAAUUUAUUGGCUGUUUGGUGGUGCAGUCAGGAAUCUCGGAAGCCCUGGACAUAUUACUUAGUGGUUUCAGCCACUCCAGGAGCAGAAAUACACUGGGAUGUUUGCAGUGACCGGGAGGGGCCACGGGAGCAACGUGAGAGGGAUCCAGACUGAAGCCACCUUUGACCUCUCUGCACAGGAGUUUGUCAUCGACACGCCCUGUGAAAAUGCCCAGAAGAUGUACAUUGGGAACGCGAUGCAUGGGAAUUACACGGCGGUCAUCAUCCAGCUCAUCAUAAAUGGAAGAUCUCAAGGACCCCACUGUUUCAUUGUUCCUGUCCGGGAUGAAAACGGAAGCUUGUACCCGGGAGUGACAGCUAUUGAUAUGAUAUACAAAGAAGGUCUGCACGGUGUGGAUAAUGGGAUUCUGAUAUUUGACAAGGUUCGCAUACCGAGGGAGAAGCUGCUGGAUAAGUGAGUAGUUUUUCCUUAACUUAGGUCGACUGUGCUGAUAAUCUCAUUGCCCUCCCAUGCUGGCCUGGUCCACGCAGUCUUCCCCUAACCA